GUCCUUGACGUAUGUGAAUGUGCUUCAUAAACGAACUUAGGAUCUUGGUAUAAACUAGGUUUGUCUAGCAUAACCUGUCGUGGUGUGACUUGUCUAUCCCCCGUCGCCGAGUAUGCUAUCUAGAUUUGUAGUGCCUUCAUGGUUGGCGAUCUCUUGGUACCUUGUUCGUUCGUUGUUAACCUUUCUCUUUCGGCAAAAUCAGACUCGUUCACGUUUAUUAUGCUUGCGUGUAAUGGAUUCGCCAUUCCACGCCAGCAUAGUCAUCGUGAUCGGGAUCUACAAGUGUAUUUAUCUGCAUAAGUAGCGACGAGAACUGGCAUUCAACUAAGAAGGAGAAUCAAAAUACAUAUGAACGUCAGAAAG